GAGGGAGUCACUGCACUGACGCCUGAGUAGCUAAGAAGCACACAGCGGAGGUGGUUCCCUAUGAAGGCAUCUGGCUCAGGAGCUGGCUGGGCUGACAGCUCCUGGUGUUCUCUUUUUCAGAAGUCAAGAUGGCUCAGGUCCCUGACCUCUUUGAAGACCUGAAGAGCUGCUACAGUGAAAAUGAAGAAUACAGUUCCGAAAUUGACCAACUCUCUCUGAAUCAGAAAUCCUUCUAUGAUGCAAGCUAUGACCCACUUCCCAAGAACUGCAUGGGCCAAUUCCUGUCUCUGAGUACCUCUGAGACCUCUAAGACAUCCCAGCUUACCUACAAGGAGAGUGUGGUGGUGGUGGCGGCCAAUGGGAAGAUUCUGAAGAAGAGACGGUUGAGUUUCAAUCAGUUCAUUACCGAUGAUGACCUAGAAACCAUUGCCAAUGAUCCAGAAGAAGAAAUCCUCCAGCCCAAGUCAGUACCGUACAGCUUCCAGGGCAACGUGAAGUACCCCUUCAUGAGGGUCAUAAAAAGGCAUUUCAUCCUGAAUGACGACCUUCAUCAAAGUAUCAUUCGAGACACAUCGGGUCGCUUCCUCAUGGCUGCCGCGUUAAAUAAUAUGGACCAAGCAGUGAAAUUUGACAUGGGUGCUUAUAAAUCAGAUGACCUUAAACGUCCUGUGACUCUGAGAAUCUCAGACACGCGACUGUUUCUGAGUGCGCAAAAUGAAGGCGAAUCCGUAUUGUUAAAGGAGUUGCCUGAGACACCCAAAACCAUCACAGAUGAGACCAACCUCCUCUUCUUCUGGGAAACUCAGGGCAAUAAGGACUACUUCGAGUCAGUUGCCCAUCCAAAGCUGUUUAUUGCCACAAAGCAAGAAUACCAGGUGCACAUGGCAAGUGGGCAUCCCUCUAUCAUUGACUUGCAGAUACUGGAAAACUACCCUUAACUCUGAAGUCUACUUACUUGUGAAAUGCUGACAGCCCAUAUGUACCGUGUACAUGAAGUAGUCAAAUCCUUUACUCUUAGUCACUUGUGCUAAGCCUUUGUAAUUCUAAAUGAAUGUUUACUCUCUUUGCAAGAGAGGGAAUAAGGUCUAGUGAACCAACACUAAUAUAUGAUAUUGCUUGUUAUUUAAGGAACACCCUAUUUAAGAAACAUCCUGUAUUACAUACAGGUUAACUAAGGCACAAGAAAACUAAGAAAGGCCCACAAUGGCACUUGGAAUGAGAAGCCAUAGACCCAGGAUUUCAUUCCAUCUGCUUGCCUUCUGCUAUUAAGUUGCUGAUGGAUACUUAAUCAAAUACCAAAAGUUUCUGGGACUUCAUUUUGAUCAUCUUCAAAAUGGAGGGAAUGUCAUUUCUGCCUCAACAGUAUUUUAUGACAAUCAAUGAGAUCAUUUCAGUAAAAUGCUUCUUGAAGCUGAGCCUUAAGAAUAAAGCAAAGGAUGGAAUGUUAA